UGUUUGUUUACAUGCUCUUCUAUACUAACAAGCUUAUGCCUGCCUAUUCAUUUCAUGGCACGUUAACAGCUGCAACUUUGUCAGAGAAGGAGCUGUCCAGUCUGCGAGUGAAAGACGAGGACCACUUCCCCUUUGCCAGCAGGGCUCCGCCCCCCGCCUCGCAAACUCUUUCCUCGGCCCGGCGCGGGACGGAGGUGGCGGGCGCCAACGGACGGCAUCGCGGUCUUCCAGGUACGCCGCCCCCGUCACCGAGGGUCUCCGAUUGGUCCUUCCCGCUCUCCGGGAGGAUGACUGUGUCACGGCGUUCGCUGGACUCACCGCUUAGCCCCGCCUCCCGCCCGCACAGCCCCUGGGGAUCUUUCGACCCCUAUGACUCGGCAGAGGAUCAGGAUAAAGAGUACGUCGGCUUUGCCGCGUUGCCCAAUCAGGUUCACCGAAAAACAGUGAAGAAAGGCUUCACCUUCACGCUGAUGGUGGCAGGAGAGAGCGGCCUGGGAAAGUCCACGCUGAUCAACAGCCUCUUCCUCACCGACCUUUACAAAGACCGAAAGAUUCCCAACGCCGAAGAGCGCAUCAGUCAGACAGUGAGCAUAGUGAAGCACACGGUUAGCAUCGAGGAGAAAGGCGUCAAGCUGAGGCUGAGCAUCAUCGACACGCCGGGCUUCGGCGACGCCGUCAACAAUAUGCAAAGCUGGAAGCAUUUGGAAGACUACGUGGAGCAGCAGUUCGAUCAAUUCUUCCGAGACGAGAGCGGCCUCAACCGCCGCAACAUCCAAGACAACCGCGUGCACUGCUGCCUCUACUUCAUCCCUCCUUACGGACACGGCCUGCGACCUCUGGACGUUGAGUGCAUGCGGGCACUGCACGAAAAAGUCAACAUCGUUCCCGUUUUGGCCAAAGCUGACAGCCUGACGCGGGCUGAGGUGUACAAGAAGAAAAUCAAGAUCCGUGAGGAGCUGCGUCGCUUCGGGAUCAACAUCUACCAGUUCGCCGACUGCGACUCGGACGAGGACGAAGAGUUCAAGAGGCGGGACCGGCUGCUUAAGGACAGCGUCCCCUUCGCUGUCAUCGGGAGCAACGUCCUGGUGGAGAGUCAAGGCCGCAGGUUCAAAGGUCGCGCGUACCCCUGGGGAGUGGUGGAAGUGGAGAGUCCGGCCCACUCGGAUUUCCUACUCCUUCGGGAUAUGCUGGUGAGGACUCACAUGCAGGACCUGAAGGACGUGACCCGCGAGUGCCACUACGAGAACUACCGGGCCCACUGCAUCCGGAACAUGACGCGCAUGGUCGUCCAAAACCGCAAGCGCAGCUUGCGUGAGAAGUACCAAGAAGAAAGCCACCUGGACGUCCCGCUGCCGCUCGCUGACUUCGACACAGAAAAGGAAAGACUCAUCUUUGAGAAAGACCAGGAGCUGAGGAGGAUGCAGGCGCUUCUGGAGAGGAUUCAGGAGCAGAUGCAAAGCAGCCGCAUAUGAAAGCACUCGGCAGACCUGUGCGAAACAUCCAUGUUUCAUUUGGCGUCUUUUUCAUUAUUUCUACUGCCAUCUAGUGGCUGUUAAAUAAAAAAGUAUUAGAAA